CUGUAGUCUGACUGCUGUUUGUCUGUUUCUCCUUUUUGGUUUUUUCUGAAUUAUUGUCCAUGUCCAUAAGAUCAUAAGGACAUGUUACAUCACAAUUAAUCAAAAUAAUUUCAGUGUUUCACUUCAUGAUAUUUUGCAUAUUUUUAUAGAUUGAAAGUUUAAAUGUUUUCAAUACAAAAUCAGAUAGUUCUCCAUUUGACACAACUGACUGCCGGUAACAGUUCUCACUGUCGUCGGCCAGUAACUGUGACCCGUUUGCCUCGCACUAAAAAUGAUGCUCCUUCAGUCUGCUACUCACUUCUAGAAGCCGUCAGACAUAGCAAGGACUUUCUACUUCUCGAUUGUAGAGCAACACACUGCUUCUGUCGAGACAAACACAAAUUGAAGAAUGCAGCGGCCGGACAACACGUAUCUUACGUCUCAUCCAACACAUUUUUCGAAAACAAAAACGGCUUUCCUGAGAGUCACUUGCAGCUACAGAGACACAACACCAAAUGUAUUGGCAGUUCCGAUCACGUGAAGAAGGCUGUCAAUACUAUACUGGCUAGAAGUUUAUCAUCAAAAUCGCUUUUAUUCGAUGUACAGAGAAGAGGAUUCAAGACUGAUCGAAAUGUACAGGCCGAAUCGCUUAGAAAUCCAGGUUUUUUUGGAAGGCUGAGAACAGCUUUCAGUUCAAGGCAGCCUGCAACGCCUGUUCUAUUAGCCAAUUCACUUGCUGAAAAUGAAAAAUUGAAAGGUCUGCUGGAAACCGAACAGUUGAACACACAAGAGCGGCAGAGGGUGAAGAUCGCAUUCGCCGAAGGCUAUUUGGCCGGCCAGACCACUUCGCCGAAGGCAGGCGGCGGCUACCCCACCGACAGGUGGUACAAAGUGCUGCAACAGCUCUUCACCCACAUUCUCAUCAUCAGUGCUGUUGUUCUCGUCAUUAUUGCUGCAACCGGCGGAGCAGUUUUUCGAAUUCAAAUAGGCAACCAAGUCGAAGUGGAUCCUGAAGAAAUCAGUGUCACCUUCAACGACGUCAAAGGGGCCGACGAAGCUAAGCAAGAGUUGAAAGAUGUGGUAGAGUUCCUGAAAAAUCCUGAAAAGUUUUCAGCUCUAGGUGGAAAACUUCCCAAAGGUGUGCUACUAGUGGGACCGCCGGGCACCGGCAAGACCCUGCUGGCGCGGGCAGUGGCGGGAGAGGCGGGGGUGCCUUUCUUCCACGUGGCUGGGCCCGAGUUUGACGAGAUUCUAGUCGGUCAGGGAGCCAGGAGAGUCAGAGAUCUGUUCAAAGCAGCAAAGGACAAGACGCCUUGCGUGAUAUUCAUCGAUGAAAUCGAUUCGGUUGGAGCCAAGCGAACCAACUCUGUCCUGCAUCCCUAUGCCAAUCAGACUAUCAAUCAACUGCUCUCGGAAAUGGACGGAUUUCACCAGAAUGAGGGUGUAAUCGUUCUAGGAGCCACAAAUAGGCGUGAUGACCUUGAUAAAGCACUUCUACGUCCUGGCAGAUUCGAUGUUGAAGUCAAUGUUCCAACGCCAGACCUAGUCGGCCGCAAGGAGAUCCUGAUGCUGUACCUGAGCAAGAUCCUGUGCAAAGGUGUGGACGUGGAGAUGCUGGCCCGGGGCACCACGGGCUUCACGGGCGCCGACCUAGAGAACAUGGUGAACCAGGCAGCUUUGCGCGCGGCCAUAGACGGGGCGGAGUCAGUGUCGAUGGCGCACCUGGAGAGUGCACGUGACAAGGUAAUCAUGGGGCCCGAGCGCAAGUCCCGCAUCCCCGACGAGGAGGCCAACGAGAUCACCGCCUACCACGAGGCCGGCCACGCCCUCGUCGCAUUCUUCACCAAGGACUCGCAUCCUCUGCACAAGGUGACGAUAAUCCCGCGCGGGCCGUCUCUAGGCCAUACGGCCUACAUCCCUGAGAAGGAGCGCUACCACGUGACCAAGUCGCAGCUGCUGGCCAUGAUGGACACGAUGAUGGGAGGCCGCGCCGCCGAGGAGCUCAUCUUCGGCCCCGAUCGCAUCACGUCCGGUGCCUCCAGUGAUCUCAAGCAAGCGACAUCGAUAGCAACGUCAAUGGUGAAGGAGUGGGGCAUGUCCGACAAGGCUGGACUCAGAACCUACGAUCCGAGCAACAAGGCCUACUUUGCUGUCAACGAAGUCAGUCCUUCCACUGUCGAACAGUUGGACGUCGAAAUCAGAAGAAUAAUGCUCGAAUCGUACGAGCGAGCGAAAUCAAUUCUGAAAAUUCACGCCAAAGAGCAUAAAAUGCUUGCCGAAGCACUUUUAAAGUACGAGACACUCGAUGCUGAAGAAAUCACAGCCAUUAUGCAAGGGAAAACUUUCACUCAGAAAAAUCUGCCCACAUGAGACGAAAUCCACGCUAAAGAUUUAUCUGAAAUUGAAAGUUGGACAAAUUUUUUGUAUCCAAUGUUUUUUUUGUAAACCUCAGUUACAAUUAGCACGCUCGCGAUCUUCAAAAACAAAACUGUAGUCAAUAAAUUUCGAAUGACUAGUGAAAAUUGAUGAAAGUGAUUUAGUAUUAUACUGUAAAAUAAUUAUUAUUAUUUAUGAAACACAGGCUAUAGCUUUCUCAAACAGAAACCUAUCGUAUGCUUGAUCAUUCUGAAAUCUAGUUAAUUUAUUUGUAGUCUCUUUUACUUCUAUUUUUCUACUCUCUUCUUCUAAUAUUAAGCACUUUUCAAGUACUUCAACUCUUUCUCAAUUAUUCUAUUCAUUUGAUAUUAUUACGCUUGGAGAAUCUUCCUCGUAUUUUAUACUUAUUGUUUGUGUUUGAAAAAUUCUGUACAUUAUACGGGGAAAAUUUUCCUCAACAUUUUGACAUUA